UUGGGUUGGUGGUACUACGUUCAGUGGUUUUUCUGUCCCUUCUCUCAAACUUCCACUCUCCACCCACCUUCCCCUGUGCCGUCGUCCCAAGCUCCGGCUCCAUCAGACCAUCACCCUUCCCUCCGCUGCUCCGCCGCCCUCGCCGUCGCGGCCCAGGCUCCACUUUCGAUCUUCCCCCUUCCCGCCCACCUGGUUGCGUUCAUUGGUGGCACUUCAGCAAAGACUUCUCUUUUGGUUAUUGCCUUUCCUGAAGGAAAGUCAGAACUGAGGGUGCCGAGGAGGACCUGUGAGGUCCUGAUAUACAUUGAAAUAAAGAGUUCAUUUCGACAGCUGCAAUGGAUGCCAACCAUGGAGGAAACCAUAUUGGUCGGUGAGGACCUGAUGUUGGGGCCACCAUCUCCUCUCAUCCCGAAAGAAAUUGCCUCCCAUGUGGUGGAAGGCUUUGAAUUAUGCGACGGAGUCUUAAAGAAUCUAUUUUUAUGCUUGCAAGUCAAUGACAUCGAACCUUUCUGUCAAGAUGAGCUUUCUUUGUACAGAGAAUGUGCUGAAAAGCGGGAUAAGUUGCUAAGGCAACGCCUUCAAGAUAGUGAACACAAAUUGGGGUUAUCAAUGCCCUUGGAUGAGGCAAAGAAACGAGUUACUCAACUUGAAGCAGAAGCCACAGCUUAUGAGAGGCGCCUGAUUCUUGCCAGCGGAGUUGAAGGCAUGGAAGGCUUUCGCCAAAGAUGGAGCUUCCAUGAUCGUAUGACUGACACCAAGAGACGGAUGGAGGCACUGAAACAGGGGAUGAAGUGCAGAAUGCCAGAGCUAGAAAGGGAUGAAUCUAUAACAACACCCAAGAAAAAAAGAUGGUUUCUCAGGUGAUUUGUUGGGGAUACAUUCCUCUAUGUUUGGGCACCCAAACCAAAUGUCCUAAGAUGAGUUAGUUCCCUCAAUUUUUUAAUCAAAUUGUUUAAUUGAAUUCCUACACAGGAUGCAAAUCCUGUUAAUUGAGUUUCAGGAAUUCGAUGUGGCUCUAGAUUACAUAAGUUACAUUAUAGACAGGACUAUAUCUCUAAUGACGAGAUGAUCUCUUUUGUAAACAAUUCAUCUCUUCUAUACACAUUGAAUGCUAUAAUAUUCACAC